CAUUUGCGCGUCUGCUCUUAAAAUCCACUUACACACUCAUCCAAACUAUACAAAAUCUUAAACGCAUCACACGAAGAAAAAGGGCAUUAGACGAGAUUCACCAUCAGUUGCUGAAUGCGACAAUGGGCGAUAGUCGGGAACGCAUACGAGGGCCACCGCGUGAUGGACGUGAGUUUCUCACGAGUCCCAGGCAAGUGUUGCGUCGAUUGAUGUUACUCUCCGAGGGACGACAGUACAGGGAGGCGGCGGGAGUUGUAGGUCGACUGGGGCCUUCCGUGUUGCGUUCAGUCAUAGCAGAAUUGCCUAUCGACCUGCUUCUGGAGCAUUUGCCACACAGUGCUUAUCUACUGGAAUCGUUUUUUACCAGAUUAAUCACCGUCAAUCCCACACCAAAACCCGAUGUGCCAAUUGAAUCAGUUGUUUGGCAGCUGGUGCGUCUCUUCUCCCAUCCGCACGAAUCAGGUAUGCGGCAACGCUGCACCAAGCUCAUACAAGCCAUAGCGCAGUACGAACCGAAUUUGCGUCAAACCCUACGCGAACAGCGAAAAUCCUUAGACAAUGCAGUCCAAGGCCUAGGUGUGCACGGUCUCACAACAGACUCCACCGGACAGCUAAUAUCUCUGCAUGUCGCACUCAAGACUGAGCUGCAAAGGCAUGUGGACAUAUACAAAAUGGCCAUACACAAGCUGGAGGAACUUAGCAUGAUAACAGCGCACCAAGAUCCUGCGCAUUCCUCACACCAGCGCUUACUCGCCAUUAACUACGGUGAUAUACAACAAAGACUCAUAGAGAACAAAACACUACUUACCAUGGUGGACAAGCCGGCACUGAAGCAAUUGGCCUGCCUCGUGGAGAACCUGAGUCAGCGUGUGGAAAACGACAAAGAGGUGUUAAAGUGUGUAGGCCAGGUGAAACGUUUGGAUGGUCAGGCGUGCAUAGAGAAACGACCGGCGGCGGGGUUGUUGAUGAAUUUCGCGCGAGGUUGCGAAGCGGUCUUGCAGUUGAUGGGAGCCGAAGCUGGGCCCACAAGUCCGACCGGCCCGGGUAGUGGCAGCAGCAAUUGCAGCGACGGUUAUCAUUCGGAUGAUUCAGCGAAUGAGGAGACGAGCGAAAUGGUAACUCAGUAUCGCACCCUGUAUAUGGAGAACAGAGCGGACACGUUGGAAGCGUUGGACGGUCUGCCGCAGCUAAAAAAUGUUCAUAAUUUGAAAACAAAAAUUCUUUUCUCCAUAAUUGUGUUAUCUUUUCGUCUGUGUCAUGGAAUGCGUGAAAGGAAAGUGAUGGAGGUGCGCCGCACGUUGAAUUGCCCCUUAGACGCGUCGAACGAGAUCACACUCGCUUUGGAUCGAUCGGUGCGAACUUAUUUGCACGAAACUGUAGAAUUAUUUCCUCUGGGAGAAAUCGAACGUUCUGUGUUCAAUCAGGUGCUUUCCACACUGCAUGAAUACCCCUGCCUGGAAUCGUGCCCACCCCUCACACACUUUGUUAGCGCUUGCGUGCGCUUAACUUGGCACAUGAUCAAUCAGAAGUCGCCAUAUUAUCUCGACAGUAAUUUCAAUCUGGGAUUUCUGCACCCAGAGAAACAGGAACGCCACCCUCAGUCCGAUCGCCGUUCCGAUCUUAUCAAAGCAUUCCUUUGGCCCGCGCUCAUGCAGAACAAUCGUUGUGUAUUUAAAGCUAUCGUAGCCACUUAGUCUACCCCUGAACUUCCGCAUAUACAUACAAGCAUUUUAAAGUAGUGCCUAAGUCAAUUCUAAUUUGUACAUAUUUAGUUUUUAAUAACCAAAACAGAAAGUAAUACAAACAUACAUGUAUACGUAUAUCUAGAAAUAAAUAAAUAACUAUUUAAAGUCCAUUAAACUACUUUAUGUACAUUUGCGUAGUUCUAUGAAACUAUGGGUUUUAGUACUAAACUUA